UAUUGUGCAGGUUUUGGUUUUGGAAGAUCACUCGAAGCAGGCUGGCCACUUGUUUAACAGUAUAGCACUCGUCACACUGCCGGAUAACCCCUAUCCGCAAAGUGAUUCUACUUGCUUUUCUCGCUAGCGCUACCUCUCAGAGGAAUUAAAAUGGUUGCCUUGGUAGAGAUUCGGUAAUACAGUGUUAUUGACGAAUAGGUACGGUCCCAUUUGCCUUGUGACGGCAAAGGAAAUACUUGACACCUGGUCUUUUUUUCCCAAACCAGCGCACAUCUAGGUAACUGCGACCCAUUUUCACUCAUUACCUUGCCUCCACGGAUAGGAAGACAGAGCUAACAGACUCGGAUCCCGCCCACUGCUAUGAUGUAUGUGAAUUUUGAAGGCGCAAACCUCAAAGAUUGGUUCACGUUACUCGCUCUCAUCAGCUUUCUUACUAUUCUUACCAACACUAUUUAUAACUUAUUCUUCCAUCCGCUUGCCCAUGUUCCUGGGCCUAUUUUGGCACGCGUGAGCGGUAUACCAUCAUGGUAUUACGCUUACAGUGGAAAUCGGCAUAUUUGGCUAUGGCAGCAAUUCCAAAUAUACGGCACGAGGUUUCGCGCCUCACCUAACACCGUGUUGUUCUGUGAUCCGAAGGCGCAUGUUGAGAUAUACGGCACAAAGUCAAACGUCCAGCGCAGCAAGUUCUAUACGGCCUUCCAGCGAGAUGAGCGUGACAAGAAUACAUUGAACACUGUCGAUAUUGCUGAGCACGCAUACAGGCGCAAGCUGCUUAAUCUUGCCUUUACGGAAAAGUCGGUGCGUGCUGCAUCGGAGUUCGUGAUUCAGCAUACUGAUCGCUGGAAUCGACUAUUGGUUGAAAAGAGCGGUUCGGAAUGGUCCGCUCCCGUUGACUUCUCCCAAAAGGUAGACUAUUUGAUAUUUGAUAUCAUGGGAGACUUAUGCUUUGGGAAAUCGUUCAAUACGAAAGAGCCCGAGGAGAAUACAUUGAGAGAUGUUCCCCAUGAUAUCAUAGAGUACAUGAAGUUCUCCUACUUAAUCUGCCGCUCCCCUUUCCUGGACUUCGUCGUAUGGUUGAAGCCUCGCGGCCUGAAUCGUCUCUUCGCUCUUAUGACCCCACCAAGAGCUCAGCGGUAUUACCAGUUUGUCUACGACAGCGUCACCGAGCAAAUUGCCUUGCACAAAGCCCAGACUGCUAUACCGGAAGCAGAGCGGCGUAAAGAUAUCUUCUAUUUCCUAUGCGAAGCCAAAAAUCCAGAUACGGGGACGCCGGCCUACGACGAAAUCGACCUACGCGCGGAAGCAAACCUGCUGAUUGUCGCAGGGUCCGACACAACGGCGGUCUCUCUUUCGGGAAUCUUCUUUUACCUCACAGGAAACCAAUAUCGAUAUCAGAAACUGGUUAAAGAGCUACGGAGCACGUUCGAAUCGGCCGAGGACAUUAUCUACGGGCCAAAAUUGAAAAAUUGCACUUACCUAAGAGCCUGUAUCGACGAAAGCAUGCGUCUUUCCCCUUCGGGCCCGAGCGAGCUUUCGCGCGAAGUGCUCGCAGAUGGUAUUACGAUUCAAGGACAAUAUUACCCCAAAGGGACUAUCGUUGGUACGUCGGCCUGGGUCGACUCUCGCAAUCAAGAGAUCUACGGCGAUCCCGAGGUUUUCCGACCGGAACGCUGGAUUGUUAACGAAGAACACGGGGUUUUCGAGGAAGACGUUGCCCGGAUACGAUCGAAUUUCUACCCUUUCUCUUUCGGUGCAGGAAGUUGCGUUGCUAAGCACUUAGUGAUGUCUGAGAUAAUGAUUGUGGUCGCGCGGACUCUCCAUCGACUUGAUGUCCGGAGGGUGCCGGGCUCGACGGUGGGAGCUGGAGCCCCUGAGAUGGGCUGGGGUGCGCGUGAUAGGAAACAAUUUCAUUUGGUCGAUGCAUUCGUUGCCUUACGUCGCGGACCAGAAGUCCAGUUUCGCAUGGCGGCUAGGAAUGAUACCUGAUGGUCUUGUUGAGCUCGUAAGAAUACAUAAGCUAUGAGACUUCUUAAACUUGAAUUUUAGAGUAUGCUAUCAUUUUUCUAGCUAGAAGCCACAAUAGGUUUAAUAUUUCAACCCAAUAUCUAAUAGAAGAGGCUAUCACAAAACA